AUGCCUCAGACAGCUGUCGGAAAAUCUGUAUCUAGUUUCUGUAGGGAUGUGAAAAUUCGUGGUGGUGUGGCUAUUUAUGUAGCAAAUCAUGUUAAUGCCGUACCUCUAUCAGAUAACCUUCUGAAUCUGUCAGAAGAACUACACUUUGAGGCGGCCGGAGUAAAUGUGAAUGAUCUUCAGUUAAUCUCACUGUAUCGAUCUCUUGAUGGUAAUUUUGAAUACUUUAUUAUGAAACUUUGUCGUUUAUUGGAUGGACUUGAUUACCGCAAGCAAAUUGUGUUAACAGGAGAUUUUAAUGUUAGAUUUAAUACGUUACAACACCAAGCUCAGGAGCUUGUGAACUUAUUUAGUUGUUAUGGUUUCAUGCCAAUAGUUAGUCAAAAUACAAGAACUCAAGUUGUCUAG